CUAAUAUAAUAUAUUACAUUAUAAUAUAAUAAUACAAUAUAUGAAACAAAAAGAGCUUUAAUUUCUCCUCAAACAAAGGAUAAAUAUAAUUAAAAAUCUUCAUAUACAUUUCCGCCUAAAAACAAGUCUACUCUACUCUCUCAUACAAAGCACAAUUUUUUCAAUUUCUAAUGGCAGAAUCCAAAUUGGAAUUGAAAUCCCAAUCAAACCCUAACUCCUUAAUUGUCGCAGCACCGCCCUCAACCCCACCGGAAUCACCGCCGGCGACUACCGGUGCCGGAUUUGGUCCAUCGGUAUGGUUCCGGCAACGGCCGAAGAUAAGAGUGACGACAGAGUUUGACAGUGAUAGCUCUGUGUUCUUCCACAGAAUUUCAUGCAAAGUGUUGGAUAGUUUGGCGAAGUUGAAGUUUUCGUUUCAGAAUAAUGGUAAGGGUGAGCUAUCGGAUCCUCAAUUGACGUUAACUUCGAAGUAUUUGUCACUUCAUUAUGAUAUUGAAGAGAAGAAUGCUCUUGUCAAUGCUUCGUUUGAUGUGGCUCCUGGUUUGCAGUUUAAGGCUGUUCAUGAAGUAAAGUCGCAACAAGGAGAACUGUCAAUGGUAGCUGAUCUGGCAGGUCCAGCUUACAAGUUUGAGUUGUCUUCUGCUGUUCCGGUAAUUGGCAAGCCUAGAGCAACCCUCAGAUUUCCUCUAGGUGAAGUUUCACUAGAGGAGAAAGAGGAGGAGGAGGAGGAGGAGCAAGCAAAGAGAAUACUAUCAGUGAAUGGAAUCCUCAAAGGCCAGCUCCUGAAUGGAGUUUGUACUGCAAAAUACAAGGAUGAAGCUUUGGAUCUGAGAUACUGCUUUAAGGAUGAGCAAAUGACAUUUAUUCCUAGCAUUUCCUUGCCUUCAAAUGCAGUGUCAUUUGCCUUCAAGCGUCGAUUCGGUCCUUCAGACAAGUUGAGCUACUGGUAUAAUUUGGACACAAACUACUGGAGCACAGUCUAUAAACACAAUAUCGGAAAAGACUUCAAGUUUAAAGCGGGUUAUGAUUCGGAAGUGCGACUUGGGUGGGCAUCUCUAUGGGUUGGAGAGGAAAGUGGAAAAGCAAAGACAGCUCCCAUGAAGAUGAAAGUACAAUUUAUGCUUCAAGUGCCUCAAGAUGACAUUUCAUCUUCAGCUUUGAUGUUCCGCGCGAAGAAGAGGUGGGAUAUAUGAACUAUGAUGACAUACUAAGACCCCACUCUCUCUUACCCUGCUGUAUCAAGAUAGUUGUUUUACAGUGCAAAUAUGGAUGUUUCAUGCCUAAAAGUCUUUAUCAGUCGCAAAUUCUGAACCUUCCUACCAAAUUCAUUUAUGUUGUUACUUUCAUAUAUGCUAGUUGAAGCUUAACAACUACUUUUAAAUCAAUCGUGUUGCACUCAA